AGGUUGCUUGUUCGAGAAACCCGUCCUCAUCCUUUGCGUCAGUUCGGAUGGUCCGCUUGCUGUGCGCCACAUGAUGCAGCCAUUGAGAGCCAACGACCCGGUGCCUUAACGUUCCUACUAGCAGAUCAAGACCCUCGCAAGCGUCAAAGUAGUGUAAGAUCAUGUAGGCUCCAAUGCACACUUAUCGCUGCCCAAUCUUGAGUCGUCGCUUGAGGGCAUCUCCCCGCGCAGAAAGAGCCAGGCAUACCUCGCGAGCUGUGACCAAGGCCAGUCGCUGGUCGUUGAGUUGUCUAGUUGACAGUUUGCAUGUGGCAAUUGGCUCUUGUCAGCUAUCUCGUGCCCCAAAAUUCGAGGCGACCUUGGGAUGGGGGUCCUGGGCAUGUCGAAUUCAAGAAUGUCGUAUAGAAUGCUGCUGGUUCUUGUCUCGUGGCUUUUCGUCCAUUAAUUGGCCGUCUGAACCUUUGUUUCCUCCCUCCACAUUCUCCGAAAAGAAAAAAAGCCUCUUGAGAUUCAUCAGCGACACACCUGGUGCUUGGACACGGCAAACGACGUAUGUGCGUAUUUUUUCGUUUCGUGUAACAACCUUUUCGACUCGUUCUUUCCGGCCGGCUCACCAAAUUUUCGGCGAAGACAAAAGGGAAAAGAAACCCCGGCAACGGAGAAUACUUGCAAAGAGGACGAUUCAGCGUUAGGAAAAAGCAGCAAAGCGAGGAGGUUGCAAUUCAAACGCGCGCAAAGAUGCCGGAAUCGGUGUCGUACGACGCACAAAGGAGUCCAUUGGCCGUGCCGCCUCCGUCCGAGAACACGGCGUUGCUACCGAAGCCUCCGGCGUCCAUCUCCAAUGAACCCUACCCAAUCUGGCAAUGGUUGGCCGAGAUUCGGCUCCUCGCCAAAGCCGCCGUUCCCGUCAUCUUAGCGUAUACGCUGCAGAACAGCCUGCAGACCCUCAGCGUGCUCAUCGUCGGCAGACUGAGUCCCGAAGCUCUCGCCACUGCUGCCUUUAGUUAUAUGUUCGCCAUGGCGACAGCCUGGCUCAUAGCCCUGGGUGGAACAACGGCCCUUGACACGCUUGCAUCGAGUAGUUUCACCGGAUCUUCGAACAAGCACGACCUGGGUAUCCUUCUGCAGAGGGGCAUAAUCGUCUUGUCGGCAUUCUAUAUGGUGGUGGCAGUGCUAUGGUGGUUUUCUGAGCCCGUGUUCCGAGCAUUGGGCCAAGAGGAGUUUAUCUGUGAGCAAAGCUCAACAUUUCUGCGAUGCCUGAUCCCGGGUGGGCUGGGGUAUGUGUGGUUUGAAGCGAUGAAAAAGUACUUGCAGGCGCAGGAAAUCUAUCGUCCUGGGACCUACGUGCUGCUCAUCACGUCGCCGCUGAAUGCAGGGCUCAAUUAUCUUUUUAUUCAUACCCUCGGCCUCGGCUUGUACGGCGCUCCCAUUGCAACAGGCAUCUCGUACUGGAUUUCGUUCCUACUGCUCGUGGCGUAUGCCGUCUUCAUCCGAGGCAAGGAGUGCUGGGGUGGCCUGGAGUUGCGAAAAGCUGUGAGAAAUAUUGGACCCUUCGCCAAGUUGGCGAUUUUAGGCGUCGUCCACGUCGGCACUGAGUGGUGGGCAUUCGAAAUCGUCGCCCUAGCCGCUGGAAGACUUGGUACAAUUCCCUUGGCGGCGCAGUCAGUCAUCAUGACUGCGGACCAAGUCAUCAACACCAUCCCCUUUGGCCUCGGCGUGGCAGCGUCGGCAAGAAUAGGAAACCUGCUGGGUGCGCAGCGACCGCGGGAUGCCGCAGUAGCAGCACACUCGGCGGCGAUCCUGUCUGUGGUCCUUGGAAGCGUCGUCCUGAUCAUUCUCAUGGCAACCAAGGAUGUAUUUGGAAAAAUAUUCAACGACGACGAGGGUGUAGUCCGGCUCGUGGGCGAGGUGAUGCCAUAUGUCGCCUUGUUCCAGAUAGCAGACGGCCUGAACGGAUCGUGCGGCGGUGUGCUUCGAGGUAUGGGCCGCCAGUGGGUCGGGGCUGUGGUGAAUCUUAUCAGCUACUACGGCGGAGCUCUGCCAGCCGGGAUCUACCUCGCCUUUAACGGCUGGGGUCUCGCGGGGUUGUGGAUUGGACAAUGUGUUGCUCUGUAUCUGGUCGGGGCGCUGGAAUGGGUGAUUGUUGGAUUUAGCAAAUGGGACAAGGAGUGCCAGCGGGCUUUGGAUCGACUAGAUGACUCCGGCAGUGAUGGAGAAGAUGAGGCAGAGAGGGCCGCCGCCAAUGGUGUUGUCUAGUGAAGACACAAUAUCAGAGACGGGCUCCUCUCUGGCCAAGACUGUAAUGACCCGGUUGCCGGGCUGAGGAGAUGGCGCGGGGUGGUUACGGUGAAGCAAUUCUCUCCGAACAAGCAGCUGCGGUUCGGCGAAGAGCAGCUUUGUUGGGAAAUGAGGCGUAUAAGUGGUUAGGUAGAUAGCCAGCAGCGUCAGGGAAAAGACUCGGUAGAGUAAAAGGCGCGAUGAACAGUUGCUACUUGGCGAGUGGGUGGCGGCCCGCGAACGCAAAUGCAGUCAACGUCGGUGGACUUGCAGUUUGGGCAACAUGCUCUCAAGUAGCUACAUAGGUAGGUAGGCAGCUACUGCAUUUACCCUUCGUUCUCAUAACGCAGG